UCGGCUCACGGGACGUGGGGCAGCUUCUGGCCACCCCUCGGUACCAAACCUGGCCAUGCGAACCCAGUACAGGUGACUUCCCCAACACACAGUGAUGCACUUUUCCACCAUGAUUCAGCCCCAGUAGCUCAAAGGUUACAUUUUUCUGUUAAUUUAGCAUUUUCUGUUCAUUUACUCCAGGUUUUACAGCUUUCCACCACAAUACCUGCAGAAACCACUGUGUCUGCAGGAUGGGGCUGCCACCUCCAUCCCCUUCUCCAGCAUCACUUUCUGGCAGGGAGACUCCCACCACCACCCAUCCCAGGGCAGCACGGCAGCUCCCGGCUUCCCGGCAAGGUGCCUGGCCCCAGAGCCAUCGCCCGCAGCAGCUGCCACCACAGCACCGUCCCGCACCAGAGCGCGCUCCCUUAUCUGCUCUGCAUCGAGUACGGUGCGGGUAGGAAACAGCGCAGCACUCCGCUGGCAAAUCCCUCACAAAGGUCUUUCUGAGUCAGUGGCACUAACUUCAUCUGGGGCAUUUCAUAAUUAGACAAACAGAAUUACUCUCAGUCUGGCUGCUCCUGGAUUCAUUGAACACUCACAAACUCUUAUCAAGCAUCUGAUGGCAAGUUGCUAUUUGAGUUAGAAAAAUACCUAUUAGUUAUUACAAAACUCCAAAGUUUCCCAGCUCGGCUCAUUUCUCAGUGUGAUUUCCUGCGGCAGCCGGGGCGGGGGUGCCAGCAGAGCCCAGUGCCCGGCCGCUGCUCAGGCUGCUCCCGCGGGAUGGCCAGGGCAGCCCCCAGGCGCUGAGCUACCGGCUGCUGCGGAGUCGCAAACCCCUGUUUUCCCAUGCGAGUGCCAGCGCUAGCAGCACCAACGCCGCAGGAUUGCCCCGCGCCAGCAGCCUGGCCUUCCCCCACAUCCCUGCAGGUGCCACGGGCCCGAGUGUGUUGUUCCGGGGGUCCCGUGUGGCCCCCAGCUCUCCGUAACCCCCCGGUGCCGAGAGGCGGUGAUGCCCUGCUCCAGCCCAGGAGGUUUUGUCCCCGCAGGCUCCAGGCAGGGCUGUGCUGUGCUUUCUGGCUGUCCCCGGCGCAAGUUAAGAUAACCAUAGACAGAAAAUAAUAUGCAGAUGGAAGAUGCUUUGCAUGAUUUGGAGAUAGUCAAAUGAUACACGAGAUGGAAGAACUUGCAGGAUACAGAAAAAAAAGCGCAAAGCUCCGUUAUCUGAGCGUGGUCAGAGCCGUGGUCUCCCCCGUUUGGCCACUUUCAACUUGGGGCAUAGAGAAAGUCCUGGAAUACGGAGAAAUGCAGAAUCCCCAAACCAGGCAGUUUACAUACUUUUGUACGUGACCUGACUUCUAACUGUUAUCUUACGGUGGAAAUUUCCUAUGUUGAAACGUAAUGCGAGAUCAGAAGAAAGCCUUGACUUUUAUAAAAAAUACCUGUUGUCCUAAUUGGAUAGGAGCAACUUUGGAAAGUGCAGAUAAGGGAAAAAUAAGUUUUUCCUAUAGGUUCAGCAAUUUUACAGCCAUAAAUUGAGAUGUUUCUUCCAGAAAAGCACACACAGGUAUAGAUCACCAAAAUAUCCAGAAACUGUGAGCUGAGGGGGUUCAGCCCGAACAGGCCAUGAUCAUCCCGGUCCCAGUCCUGCUCAUCUUGCUGGCGCUGCCAGCCUGCCAGGGCCACGUGGCUGCUCGGCUGCAGACCUCCAUCUUUCUGAAGGAGAGCAUCAGGCUGCUGAACGAGCUCCUGAAGACAAAGGUUUCCUGUGACAACAUAAACAUGACAAAUAUUUUCGCAGGCGAUAAGGAAUACGAUGACAUGGAGACCUUAUGCAAAGCCACCACAGUAGCCUGGGAGGGCCGGAGCUGCCACAGGCACCUGGAGGGCAUUUACCUCAACUUGCUCAGUCUGGUCCAAAGGAAGAGCCCAGCCCACAAGGCACCAUGUCCCGUGGCAGCCGGCAACACUACCUCCCUGAAUGACUUCCUAGUGGACUUACGCAGAGUCCUCCAACGACUAGUAAAAGACUAGGGUUUGAAGUGAAAAAAGAGUUUUGGUUUAUGGUUUUUUUUAAACUACAAUGACACUGUAUUUUUCAAAGAUUAUUUAUAAUAAUUCUUUAAAUAAAUGUAAUUUUGGACUAAAUUUGCUGGCAGUGCUUAAGACUUACUCAGGCAGAAACUGGAGCACACAGGAGUACGUUUGAAAGCUUGAAGGCAUGAGCUGGAAUGUGGGCCACUGGGCUGCAGGACCCUGCUGGCAGCACCUUUGAGCUGUGGAGACCCCAGCUCCUGGAGAGACCCCUCAGCCCUCUCCCACUAGCCCCAACAGAAAUGCCCAGGGGCCCCACGAGGCAGCCGUGGCUAGGAAAGAGGACCAAGGCUGGCCCCAAAGCAAUGGGGACUAGGCGGAUGCCACAGGGGGAAGCGAUAGAGCAGCAAAGAAAGGAUGGGUAUUUUCUAUCCACGUUGGCAAGGGGUGAAUUUGUGACCCGACAGAAAGCAGGGCACAGAGCGGCAGAGCUGACUCCAGAGAGCUGAGCAGUGACAGGUUCCUGGAUGGAACCGGGGCUUUAAAAAAAUGAGGGAGCUUAAAACCAUAAAGUCAAAAGUAAUCUUUGUUACUUUGCCAUAUAAGUUGCAAGAAAUACAUGGGAGUACAGUGAACAGAGUCCAGAGUCUACUGGCACAAGGGUGGUGCCGGCAAGAGUUGCCAAAACAAAGAAUUUCUCCUGCCGCGAGGUUAAGGCUCACACCAACACAAGGAAAGCAGGUGUACUGCAGGGGCAGGAGCCCAGAAGCCAGAGGGAGAAGACAGGCCACAAAGAGGGCCUUGCUUCUGACACUGAACUCCAACGUACGUGCUGGAGCUGCAAAGAGACAUCAAGUCUGUAGCUAAGCAAGCCCUUAGUUCUCCCUUCACUUUAUAGCCUGUAUUUAUAACUAUACAUUUAUAUAUAUGGCAUAGCCUUUUGCAGCCCAGGAGUAAAGAAGCUCCAGCAGCAACAGUAGUGAAAUAAACAGCAACAGGGAAGCAAAACCACACUGUUGAAGGGAUGACUCUAGCAUGUGACCAACCUGGGUGGUGGUUAAAGUCUCUCUAGCAACAGGGAACUGAAGUCUUGCAGGUAUUUAGGUAUUACCAUUUUGCAACUUAUUCUGGCAUGGUGUGGGAGAGCACUAUGGAAAGUCCCAGGACUGUGCAGGGUUUGGUUCGUGCAUCAGCUGAGUCACAGUACUCAAGGGAGCUGCAGAGUUAGCAGACCACAAAAAACUUGUGAAACACCCUCUUCCUUCUGCCCUGUCUACCUCUUCCACAAGAGCUUGCUGCCCAACAACUCAGGGCUUGGCAGUGAGGAUCCCCACGCACCCCAGACUCACUUCUCUAACUUCUCCAGCAA